CAUGCUAUAAAAUAAAAUAAUAAAAUAAAUUUACUAAAAUAAUGAAGUUUAUUUUAGAAUUGAUAAGAUCAGGCCAUGAGGAACUUGAACAUUUGGAGAAGGUUGUGAGUAUUUUACUGAAUGAUCGUAAGAAGGCAUCUGGGCCUAAACUUGUAACUAUUGAACUGGCAAUUGAUUCUCUAGUUCAAGAGUCACAAAAUAUCGCAAAACAAUGUAUUGAUCUCUAUAAAGAUACCGAUGGACUCAGAAAAAAAGAAAUUAAAUUUCUCGCAGGUCAAGAGGAGGAUGAAAAGGAUGAAUCAAGAGUAUGGUCGAAUUAUUAUAGCACAAUAAAGAAUGUGAAGGAUUAUUAUAAGCAAAACAGUCGUUAUAACAAAACGGUUGAGAAUCGAAAUGUCCAGGAAACUGUUAAACGGACUUUAAAUUGCAUUAAUCUUGACUCAAUUUUCAGUCCUGAUGAGAAUUACGGCCGUUGUCUUAACCUUCAGGAACAUUACCACACCUUCAUCAAUUUACAACCCCUAAGAAAUUUCAGAAUUAAUACACAUAGACAGAAGGAGGUGUUACGCCUUCGUAACAUGGGAUUGACGGAUGAAAGCAUGUUGGAAUCGCAUAUGACUCCAUUCACGGAAGUGGAUUACGUAGCUUACAUUACCUCAUUUGACCAUUUUCAUCUAAUCCCACGCUAUUGCAAGUAUAGAAACACGCCUUACACCGAAUAUUUAACAGCGUUGUCAGAGUAUUUAGAGGAUUUUUUUAAGCGUCAGAAUCCUCUGAGUAAUCACGAACUGCUAAAGAAGCAAAUGGAAGAGUCAUUUGAGUCUGCGUGGAAUUCUGGAAAUCUGCAGUACUGGCGUGAUCCCACAGAGUUACUGCCACUGUACUUAGCACCCGUGGAUAAAUUAUUCGGCUCUGAAGGUUUAUUAAACUCGUUUAAAAAUGGAAAACGAUACAAAUCAUUGAUGGAGUCGUAUAGUAAGAAGAGUAGUGACGAACUGGAAUUACUCUCGUGUGAUAGUAGAAAUCAUGAUAAGAUGAUAGCGUUUAAGGAAUUUGUAAUUCAGUCGUACCAUGACGUGCUUGCGUCAACAAUUGAGAAAACAGUUGAGUUUGUACAGAAACGUGAGUCAAGAACUGUUAAGGAGUUGGAAAAUUCCCAAACCCUAGCACAAGAAAUUUUAGACGCACUGGAGACUAAUGCUGCGGAAUCUGAAAGUGAAGUGGAAGAGGAUGAAAAACCUGUUUACAACCCGUUAAACCUACCCUUAGGUUGGGAUGGAAAGCCUAUUCCAUUUUGGUUAUAUAAAUUACACGGGCUUGGACAGGAAUUCAAGUGUGAAAUCUGCGGUGGUUCCUCAUACUGGGGACGGAAAGCUUUCGAAAAUCACUUUCAAGAAUUCAGACACUCCUUCGGAAUGAAAGUUCUCGGCAUUCCCAAUACUCCACACUUCAAAGAGAUAACUAAUAUACAAGAGGCGUUGGAUUUGUAUAAGAAGUUGAACAAUGAAGCUGCUGCGAAGACGUUCAAGUUAUUCUCAGAAGCUGAAUGUGAGGAUAAUGAAGGGAACCUGGUAACACUGGAAGAUUAUGGAAGACUAAAACGACAAGGGCUUAUAUAAUCCCAAUUUUUCCAUUAAUUGGAUUUUAAUUUAAAUUUUAUAAUAAUUUGUA